AUGGCCACAGCUGCGGCUGCUGCUGCGGCUGCCGCAGUGGCGUCGCACUACAACUCGCGGCCCGACGCUGGCCUCGAAGCGCGCAACGAGAGCCCGAUUCUGCCGCUGCGCAAGUUCAACAACUGGGUCAAGAGCGCCAUCAUCUCGCAGUUUGGCCGCAGAGGCGGACGUGUCCUUGAUUUGGGCGCCGGCAAAGGCGGCGACCUGCGCAAGUGGGCCGCGGCGAAUGUGCGGGAGCUUGUGCUCGUCGACAUUGCGGAUCAGUCAAUCGAGCAGGCGCGUGCUCGCUACAGCGAGAAGCGGCAGCCGUUCGCGGCGUCCUUCUUCGCCUUCGAUGCCUUCGGUACCUCCGUCGAUGAACAUAUCCCGCAUGAGCUCCUGGCGCCGGGCUUCGACAACGUGACGCUGCAGUUCUGCAUGCACUACGCCUGGGAGAACGUCUCCAAGGCACGUCUCAUGCUCGAGAACGUCUCGCGCUACCUGCGGCCCGGCGGCGUCUUCCUCGGCACGAUCCCCGACGCCGAUCGCCUGCGCCGCGACCUCGCCAGCCUGCCCGGCGAGCAGCUGGCGUUCGGCAACGACUUCUACCAGGUCCGCUUCGACCCGGCGCAGUCCGAGAAGAAGCAGCUGUGCCCGCCCUUCGGACAUCGCUACACCUUCUGGCUCAAGGACGCCAUCGACGAGUGCGACGAGUAUGUCGUCGACUUUGAAGAGUUCGAGUCUCUGGCAGCGCAAGUCGGCUUGCGUCUGAUCUACCGCAAGACCUUCGAGCAGGUCUGGCUCGACGAGAGCGCCGCGGGCGGCGAGGCGGCGCGCCUGCUGCGGCAGAUGGGCGUGCCGAGUCCGCAGCACUCCGAUCUGCCCAUGCCGCCGGGCCUCUGGGAAGCUGCGAGUCUCUACCUUGCCUUUGCAUUCGAGAAGCUCCCCUGA